UUUUCUCUUACAACUAAGUUUCUAUACUAUCGGUUUUCGGAAUUUAGUUGCAAUACCUCCCCAAAAAAUGUCUGCUGAUGCGUUUUCUAUAGGAGGGUUUGUUCAUCAGGAACAAAAUCAUGCAAACCCUAAUCCUAAAUCUAAUCCAGUUAAGAAUAAGAGAAAUCUUCCAGGAAAUCCCGAUCCAGAUGCUGAAGUUAUUGCUUUAUCUCCCAAAACUCUUAUGGCCACCAACAGAUUCAUAUGUCAAAUAUGCAACAAAGGUUUCCAAAGAGACCAGAACUUACAGCUUCAUCGGAGGGGUCACAAUCUUCCAUGGAAGCUCAAGCAAAGGAACAACAAAGAAGCGAUUAGGAAGAAGGUUUACAUUUGCCCCGAGAAAACCUGCGUCCACCAUGAUCCUUCCAGAGCACUCGGCGAUCUCACUGGGAUCAAGAAACAUUACAGCAGAAAACACGGAGAAAAGAAGUGGAAGUGUGAGAAAUGUUCCAAGAAAUACGCUGUUCAAUCCGACUGGAAAGCUCAUUCUAAGACUUGCGGUACACGGGAGUACAAGUGUGACUGUGGGACACUGUUCUCCAGAAAAGACAGUUUUAACACCCAUAGAGCGUUUUGUGAUGCCUUAGCUGAAGAAAGUGCAAGAUUCAGUUCAUCAGUUUCAGCCACGAAUCUGAAUUUCAGAAACGAUGUGAAUACGCCUAUCGGAUUUGCUGGCCGAGGAGCUCAUGAUGUUGCUGGAAUCCCUCAAUUUGGUUCGAAUUUUACACAAGAUUUCAAUGGGAUGACUGCAUCAGGUAUGCCUGAGAUGGUUCAAAUGGCUUCAUGCAAUCUCUUUGGUUCAUCAUCACUUGGCAAUUUCGGUACGAAUUCCAAUCUUCCCCUAUUGCCAUUUCCACAAGGGCUAAAAGAAGAAGGUGGAAGCAAAGGGAAGUCAAUGGAAAGUAUGUCAUCUCUCUACUCAGAUACUCAAAUCAAGCAGCAGCAGUCCAUACUUGCUGCUGCUACGCCGAUGUCCGCAACAGCCCUUUUGCAGAAAGCAGCCCAGAUGGGUUCAACAAGAAGAAAGUCGACGUCGUUUUUCGGUGUAACGAGCUCAUCUUCUUCCCAUGGCAUCAGUCAGCGAGAGUGUUUCGUGGCGUCAAGAAGCAACCUGAUGUUACAAACAGGAGUACUGAAACAAAGUGAGGCGAGUCAAUUGAAGACGCACCUUGGUUCCAACUCAAUUGACCAAAGCUUGACUAGGGAUUUCCUUGGCAUGAGCAAUGAUCAACCUGCUCGUCCAUUUUUACCCCAAGAACUAGCCAAGUUCGCAUCAGUUGGCUCGACCAUGGGUCUGAGUCAAUUCACCAGCAACCACUGAGCCAAGCUAUCCCAUUACAACUUACAAGGCUACGUCUAGUUUCGAGAAAGCUGGUAAUUGGGGGACCGAGUUGGAGUCUGGGAAUUAAUCAAACCCCAGAAAAAGGAACAGAAGUUCAUCUUGUGAA